AUGUCUUCUCUUCUUUGCAAGCCAUGGUUGCUGAAUUUCAUGCAAGACAAUUUGAAGGCCAUCUUUGAGAAGAAGCUUGAGAGUCAACCAAGUCCUGCUAAACAACGAAACCUCGUUCAAAUAAUCGAUCACAGUGAAAAUCUUGAAGUUCAUCGUGUCCAACAGAAUGAUGUUUUCGUUUUACACAUUUCCGACGGAUUUCACUACGUUACAGCAAAGAUUUCUCCUAAAUUUGUGAAACGUUUCUACAGGCUCCAUCCCGAUUACUGCCCUCUCUCUAAACUCAGAGGAGCCGUCAUCCGAUUGGAUUCGUACUCGUUCAUUCUCGGUGGUCCCAAUCAAACACCAUGCUCUCUCCUUCUUCAUCGCUUCGAUUAUAUCGGAUCUGCAUCCUCUGCCACAUUCCGAUCUCCGAAGAAUACUUUCAAAAUUCUCACCUCUUUCAUUUCUUCAUUGACCGACCACCAUCCUCAUCAUGCACAACUUCUUCCAUCCUCUCCAAUCACAACCGAUAGAAAUGUUUUGAAUUCCAUACGACCUGAAAGCACAAAGAACCAAAUCCAACACCAACAAAGUUUAAGGCUUGCUGGUGCCAAAAAUUCAAUUUUAAACCAACAAAAAACGUCCACAAACGAGAAAGACACUCGGCAAAUUUUAGGAACGGACAAGAACAACAACGACGAAACGAACGUUAACGGAACCGAUAGUAAUAACAACAACAUUAUUGUUCCACAAUCAAACAACAACAACAACAACAAUCUCAGUGCAGUUUGGUCCAUUGAUCAAUUCAUUAACAUGAUGAUGAAUAGCAGCAAUAAUCAUGAAGGUUCUUCUUCUCCUUCACGGAUGGAAGCAAAAUUACCAACAAGCACCGACAACAGCAAUUCAAAACAACAACAAAAAGAAACAACGGAAAAUAAGAACGAUGAUAUUUGUGAAAGCUUCUCUUCAGAACAAACAAUGGCUUGUACCUCUAACGUUGGAGGAGACUUCUUUCAAAAUGAAGAGGAAAAUUGCUUGAUUUCAGCUUCCCAACUCGAGCAAAUCAACAACAUGCAAAUUCAAGGCUUCAACAAUUCGGAAUCGUUACUAAUACCUCCAAAUCCUUCUCAAACAACUUUAACAUCCUCACAAAUUUCCUCUUUCCCCUCUUCUCAGCCAAAGAAUGAUCUUGGAGAGGUUAUGAAUGAGCCUGUUGAUAAGACCCCACCAAAAUUCUCACCUGCAACAACAUCUCAGCGCAUGAGUUCAUCCAACAAAAAAGCUUCUACUCCCUCUAGUCCUGUAAAUUCUCCAAACAUACGAGAGGUUCCUUCAAUCUCAAAUCCUGAAAUCAACGAAGCCUCAAAGAAUAUACAUCCUUCUUCACCUCAAAUGGAAUCUCCAAAUAUUAAAACGAGUGCUGACACUCCAAAGCCUAGCAGCAAUAACAUUCUUUCGCCCGCUUUAGGAGUGUCCAACUCAACGCUUAGACAAUCUAGUAAUGUCGACAUUUCUGAAGGAACCAUUGUUUUUACUUCUCAAUCUCAGUCACUCACACCUCUGCGCAUCAAUCAACAUCUUGUCAAUACUCAACCUCUUCCACCAACACCUUCAGAAAGCGAAAUUAAAACUUCAACUUCUUCUGCGGAGGCUUCCAUCAUACAAUCUCAAGAAAUGAGCGACGGCGAUAGCAGCGAUGUUCUUGAUGACGAAAAUCCAGCAGAAAUUGCAUUUUCUCAAAAGGCUACCUCAGUUUUUUCUCCAUCAAUCUCAAGGUAUAGAAAUAUGGCCUCCCCUAAUGUUUUUUUGCACACUCAAGCUGCAUCCCAAAGAUCUGAUGAUUUGCCACUCACUCAACCCUCACAAACUACUAAGGCCAUAAACAAGCGACGAUCUAGAGUACAAAAGAGAGUUAAGUCAUAUUUAGAUGAAGUAACUAAUGAAUCUUCUGACGAGGCCCUUGAUGAAGAUGAAGGAUUUCCUCGUUCUCUAUUUAUGAAAGAUCCACUUUUGCUCGAAAACUUUGCGAUACAAAAUGUCAAACAACGAACAGAGAUCUUUCAAAGCAUGAGGGAUAUACUAGAAAAGAAAAACAAAGAAAUGAAGACUUUGAAUGAGGCCAAAAAAGUAGCCUCACAAAGGCCAAUAACAAACGACGAAAUGAUCGAUUACUUACAAACAGAGCCAAGUGAAGAGCGAAGAAAAAGCCAUGGAGCACACAAUAAUUUCUCUCGCACAGAAAUUAAUAUUUCUAAACAUCAGUCUGAUGUUUCUAAACAGGCUGAGGCAACUUCAGAGAACAUAAUUGAGGAAAUGCCAUCAAAGAAGAUGAAAACGAGUCCUGUGAGCUCCUCUCAAAAGGAGAAUUUAGCUCCAGUACCAUCUCUCCUACCGCUCCCUCAAUUUGCUAAACCUGUCGAUACUAUUGUCACAACAUCCAAAUCUGUUGUUGCCACAUCUACUUCCAUUCCUUCAGCAUCUCCUUCUUUACCUGUACAAUCUGCAACAAUAAGGGAAGGGAAACAACAGCAGCAAAACAACAACACUUCUUCGAAGCCCUCUACAACAAAGAAAGUCAAUUACAAAGCAUGGCUUGACUUUAUUUAG